AUGUUACUUCUUUUUACUAUUACCAUAAUUUAGUUUGUACCUACAGCAAGAAACCAAAUCAUCUUGUAAGUUUAAAUAUUUAUUCAAUAGAUAACAGAUAGAAAUGGGAUGUAAAACAUAUUAAAACGGAGCUUGUUAAGAAUUAUGCCCAUUAGGAUAAUUUGAUUGUUAGAACUAUUAGAUAAAAUGUGAGUAUGGAUACUUCCUAUAAAAUGGAUUGUCAUGUGUACCAUGGUAAGAACAGAGAUCUAUAUAGCCCUUAUUAAAAAGUCAUUGAUAGCUUCACUUUAUAUUGUAUGGAUUGUGUAGAGCAUCCUUAUACUUGGUGGAGUAAUAGAACUUGUUCUUAUGAAUAUUCGAUAGAGAGUGGUGAUUAUAUGAAGGGAACAUAUAUUCAUAAAACAAAGGAAUACACUGAAUUGUAUUUUAUUGGUCCUUCAACUUCAAGUGGAGUUAAUUUGGAUUCAAUUACAAGAGAUGUAAAUGUGUUAUAUAAGUAUAUAUAUAGGUUUAAUAUUAAUAUGAAACUUACAUAUGUUCAGGUUGUAAGAGAUUUUGUAUUCCGGGGAUAAGUGAAAAUUGUAAUAGUAUUAGUUCACCUUAUGCCGAGGAUAGUGGUGUAAUUGGGAUAGAAUGUUUAUUAACUUAUGAAUAUAAAAAUCAGUUGUGUAUUAGUUGUCCACCAGAUUGUUUAAAGUGUUCAAAUGGAUAAUGUACAUAGUGUAAUGAUGGAUAUAUGAUAAAUUAUGGUUUAUGUAAAAAAUGUGAAGAGGGUUGUUUAAAUUGUUUUGUAAUAUAAUUAUAGACAGUAUGCACAAAAUGUAUAGAAGGAAUGGUUGCUUCUUUAGAUUAAAAAAUGUGUUUAGAUUGUGGUACUGAAUGUAAGAGAUGUGAAUAUGUAUCUUAUACUUCAAAUGUUUAAUAUCAUUAUCCUACAAGGACAAUGAUUAAGAUUGAAGAUAUUAGCAAAUAAAAUUUAUAUAUUAAAAGGUGUAGAUAAUGUUCAACUUAAAGUUUUGUAAGUCAUAAUGGUAUAGAUUGUGUAACAUGUUAAAUACCAAAAUGUGAUUUAUGUUAUUACAAUAUUAGAGGGGAUGUAACAACAAUGGAUUAUGAUUUUGAACCUAGUAAAGUUGAUGAUCUUGUAUCUAAUUUAUUAUGUUUCAAAUGCAUAAGUGGUUAUAGAGUUAGUGGUGAUAAAUAAAGUUGUAUAUUAGCAGAACCAGCUCUAGAUUAAUGUGAUAGAAAAUAUACAGAUGUCACUUUGAAAUGUAGACAAUGUGUCAAUAAUGUAAUACUAGAUUAAUUCAAUAAUAUUUGUUCUAGUUCUUGUACAUCUUAUAUUAGUUAUUGUUCAAAUUGCUUUUCUUAUAAAAGUUUGGAUCAAACAAAAUAUACGGAUGGUUCAGGUUAAAUAUUUACAAGGGCUGCUUAAACAUUAUAUUAAUGUAUUUAAUGUAGUAAUGGAUAUUAUCCAAAUAUAUUUACUGGUUUUUGUGAUGCUUGUCCUAAUAAUUGUUAAACAUGUUGGUAAUAUUCUUAGACUUAUAACUUUACUGAUUAUUUAUUGAAAAUGGAACCAAUUAAUAAUUCAUUAAAAGAAACUUUCUUAAAUGACAUUCCUAUUAAUGUUUAAUGUACAUCAUGUAAAUUUGGUUAUUAAUUAUAUGGAAAUGAAUGUUUAGGUUGCAGUAGUAAUUGUUAAGUUGAGAAUCAAAUUGUAAGUGAUGACUCAAUUAAUAGUUGUGUUUUUAAAUCAACAUAUGCUUUUUGUGGGGAAUGUUAUGACACAUUCAAUGAUAGAUCUUUAGUUUAUGAUAAAUCUGAAUGUAUCGAAUGUCCAUUGAAUUGUUUAGCUUGUAGAGAAAGAUUAUAAUAUGAAAUAACAAACUAUUAUUUUAAUCCAGAUAAUUCCAAUUUACUUUAAUAUGGUAGAUUAUGUUAUAAAGUAUAGACUAUGACUAUGUCUAAUCUUUAAAGUAUUUAAUAUAAUUCUUAUUUAAAUCUACCUAUUUUAUGUAUCUAUUAAUCAGCUGUUCCAACAAAUACUAAAAGAUGUAGACACACUGCUCAAAUUACUGUUCAUGUAUAUUGUAAUGAAGAAGAAUACUAUUCUAUUUAUCAAACCUUAACUGAUGAUGAAAAAUUAUAUCAUUAUAACUUAAAUGAUUAUUAUUAUAUAGAUAUGGAAGAUGUUGCUUCAAUUGAAUUUACAGAUUUGGAGACUUUUCAAUUAUAUUAAAUUAUGAAUUAAGCCCCAUUAGAAUAAUUGACUCUAAACAUAUUAUUUACAAAUUCUAAAGAUUACUAAUGCACAUUUAAAAAGUCAACAUAAUUAAUAACAGAAUUCCAUAAAAAUGUAUAUGCUUUAACAAAAUUCUAAGUUAAUAUUCAGAGUGCUCAUAAUGUACCAAUAACAUUUAAAAUCACUGAUAAUUUCUAUUUAUAAGAUUUCCCUUUUAUAAUGAUCAAAAAUAUUAAUAUCUAUUCAAAUCUAUAGAAUAACUUUGGAUUAAUAAUAACUAAUAACAUUUUAUCAACUUAUUUGUAGUUAGAAUAUUGUAAAUUGGGAUAUGAAUUUUAAAAAUCGUAUGAUUAUUAAGUAUUUACUUUAAAAUUAGAAGACAUUAAUUUUUUAGAGUUAAAAGAUGUUUACAUAAAAAACUUAUUAUAUGUAGAUUAAAUUAAUAUCAAUUAAGAAAAGAUUGAGAAUUAUAAGUAUGAAUUUACAAAUCUCUAUUUAUCUAAUAAUAAAUUUAUUAAUAAUACUAUUUUUCCAUUAACACCUUUUAGCAUUGUAAGUAUAAACAAUUUAGUUAUUUCAGAUUGCACAUUUAAUGGAACAUCAUUAUUUAUAAAUCAAAAAUAAUAUUAAAUAUUUGUUUCAAUGUUUUCUAUUAAUUAAUUAAUUAUCAAAUAGACAUAAUUUUAUGAAUCAUCUAGUAUAAUUAAAUCUAGUUACAUUACAGCAUUAUCUAUUAAUUAAUUAGAUAUAAUAGGAAAUAGAUUUAACGAUAGCGAAUUAUUUAUAUGUAAUACUUACUCUAUCUAAAAUGUUUAUAUUUAUAUGAAUGUCUUUACUAAUAAUUCACUUAUAUUUACAACUGCUGAUUAAGUUCCAGAUUCAUAAUAAUUUUAUUAAUUAAUUAAAAAUUAACCAUUUGAAUUAUAGAAUCUAAAAUUUGUGGAAAAUACUUGUUACAAUAUAAAUUGUUUGAUGCUCCUAUAAACACCAUAUAAUUCUGAAGAAAUAUAUUCAAAUUUAAUUAUGAAGAAUAUUUACAUAUAUAAUAAUUAUGUAGAACUCUCAUUAAUUCAAAGAUUAUCAGUUUCUUCUGCAAUUAUUAGAAUAACUGAAAUGAAUAGAGUCUAAUUAACUAACAUUGUAAUAGAUACUUAAUUAUCUAUUACUGUGAUAUCCUUAUAAGAUAUAGCAUCUUUGGAAGUGUCUAAAUUCUUAUGUGAUUAUUCAAAUAAUAUUAUUGGUAUGAAAGACACUAGUCCUCGUACUAAAAUAGCUAAUAAAACAAUUAUACAAUAUCCUUUUAAUAAUAAAUUACCUAGUAAUACUAGUUGUUCAUAUGAAAAACAAUCAUUUGGUAGUUAUAAUGGAUAUUGUUUAGAUGUUUAGGAUUUCUUAUAUGGAGUCAAAAUAUCUGAUGCUUCACUUAAAGGAUUGUUAGGAAUUGAUAAUGGAUUUAUUUAUAUUUAAUCAUAUGAGUCUCUAAUGAAAUAAACUAGUAAUUUAAUUAGUUAAAGUGGAACUAAUAAUGUUUCUGAAUUUUAUUAUGGUUACACAAAUGAAAUCAUAAUCUUAGAAAAUAUCAAUAUAUUUAAUACAUCUAUUGCAGUUUCAAAUCCAGUCACUAAUAUUGGUAGUGUCAUUAUUGAAUCUGAUUAAAUUUAAACUAUACUUAUAGAUAAUAUUUAAUUGAUUGGUAAUCAUUUGCAUCAAUUAGUCGAAUCUGUUACAAUGGAAAUAUCUACAUGUUUUACUAUUCUAAGUCCAAAUGGAAUAGUAAACAUUUAAAAUUUAAUUGCUUAAAAUAAUAGAGCAACUUAAUCAUAAUAUGGCAUAAAUAUAAUAAAAUGUUAAUCAUUAAAAUUAUCAUCAUCUUUAUUUAAUUAUACAAAUAUGAUGGAAUCAAAUUGGCUAGAUAGAUUAGAUGAAUAUUAAGUGAAUAAUUAUUCUUAAUUAUUAGGAGAAUUUUUUAUAGAAUCAGAGGGUUCAAAUAUAUACAUUUAAUGUAAAAAAUUAGAACUAGAUUAAAUUCAAUUUAUGAAUGGAAAAUCUCUUAUGGGAACAGCUUUCUAUUUUUUAGGUUAAGAUAUAGCAUCUAUUAUUAUAAACAAUACAUAAUUUACAAAUCUAACAACAUCAUUAGAAUAUGUUGAUUAGGCAUAUGGAGGAUCAUUAUAUCUAAACUUAUAGAAAUCUAAUUAUAAUAUUAAAUUAAAUAGGGUCACUAUGAAUCAUAGUAUAUCAAGAGUAGCUGGAGGAUGUAUAUAUAUUUAAACAUCUAUGUACGAACAAUCAAUCUACAUUAAUGAUAGUUAAUUUAUUGAAUGUUCAUCCUUAUAGAGUUCUUUAAUAGAUAUUUAAUUUUCAGUGUCUUCAUUAGUGUUGCCAAUAUUAAGUAUUAGUAAUACAAAUAUUAUCAAUAAUAAUUUUGAAGGAUUUCUAAAAUAAUUAGUUGAUAUUAGUUUUGAAGAAGAGUAAUAAAUCAUUACUGGGAUAAGCUUAAUAAGAUAGAAUUAUGGUAUUUUAGAAAUUCAAUCAAGUUAGUUUAUGCAUAUAUAGAUUCAAGGUUUGAUGGUCCUUACUAAUAUGUUUUAAGUCAUUCUACAAGAUUUAACAAUUAAAGAUAUUACAAUCUUUUCAUAAUCUUUAAUAGAGAUUACUCAUUAUACCAAAUAGUCGACAGUAGAAUUAUAAAAUAUAAUUAUGACCAAUAUUACUGAAUAACAAGUAUUGACAUUAGAAUAAUUUAAAUACAAAUUUAAUAGUUAAUGUUAAUCAAUUACUUCAAUGUUUGAACUUGCUAAUACUUAAACUUGUUAAGAAUAAGAAGAUUUAAGAUAAUUUUAUUAGGAUAUAUAUGAUUAUAGAUAAAUAUCAUAAACUAAAUUGGAUAAUACAACAUUGUACAAUUAUUAUGAUUAAUUAUCUUAUUCAGAUAAAUAUUAUUUGAAUGAAAUUAAAUUGAAUACAUUUAGAGAGAUUAAAUCUUAUUAUUCAUCAUCAAAUAUACUAAUGAUAAAUAAUAUAAUAAAAUAAAAAGAUUUUAGUUUAUGUUAUUUUACAAAUUUAUAAUCUACUUAUUAAAUUGAAAGUAAUCCUCAUUUUAUUAAAUUAAGUAAUGUUAAAUCUAAUAAUUAUAUCAAUAUGAUUUCAAUUACUAUUAAAAAUAAUUUAUGUAAUAGAUGUAAUUAAGGCCUUAUUCUAAUUAAUAAUUAUGAUUAAUAGGCUUACAAUACAACUAAUAUAUUUGGAAUUACUUGUUAAAAUAACAUAAUUGGUUACUUUGGUUGUUUAGUUCUAACUACUUAAUCAAUACCUGAAUUUAAUAUUACUUAUAGUAAUAGACUCUUAUAGAGUACAACUUCUAUUUAAAAAUAUAACAUUAAACUUUAGUAAAGCUUAUUUUAAAGUAAUUCUGCUUAAAUAGGAUCUGCAAUAUCUAUUGUUGGAUUGAGUAUUAAAGUAAUUGAUACUUAAUUUAUGGAUAAUAAGGCAACAUUGAUAGGUGGAGGAAUAGCAUUUGUUUAUAAUUCAGAAAAUUAAAAUGUUUUAGAUCAAUUUAACAAUAACUUCAUUAAUAAUGAUGCUCAAUUAGGUAGUGCUAUUUAUAUGAUGAAUAAUAAUUUAAAUAAUCUAGAAAAUUCAUAAAUUUUCAUUCAUCAUAACACUAAUACAUAAAUAGAACAGAUACCAGAAAAGUUAGGACUGAUGAUGUAAGAUGGUUAAUUAAUGACAAUAUCUGCAUUCUAAGAUAAUGAUGGAGAUUUGAAUGAUGAUAAUAUAAUUGAUAAUUCAAAUGUCUAAAUUAUAGAUAUUGUAAGUGUUAAGUCAACCAAAUUACCCAAUUUAGAUAGUAAUUACUUAUUAUUACCUUCUGGUUAAUAGAUAUCAUAAUACAAAUAUUAUUAUGAAGAUACUUAAGAAUAAAUACCUUAUAAUUGGAUAUUUAGAAUAUAUAAUUUAGAUAAGAAUCUAAAUAUAAUUAAAUCUAUUUCAUAAACAGAAACAUGCACAAUUUCAGGUCGAUUGAUGGAUGAAUUAAAUUUAGAUUAUACUAAAUAGUUUUUGAUGAAUUUCACUUCCUAAUCAAUUAUCUAAUUUGAUAUAUCCAGUAACUCAUUUAAUUUUGAUAACUUAUUAAUAUAUUUUGAUCCAUACUUACAAGAAUAAAUCUUUUUAUAACUCAAAUGUAAAUUCAUUAUAAUCUAUAUUAGUCUAAUGUACUUCCAUUAAGAUUCCAAUUUAUAAUCAAUAGCCUCCUUAUAAUGUACUUUCUUAUAAUAAAAAUUAUGCUCUAUAUUUAAAUGUGAGAACUAUUCCUUGUUAAAUUGGAGAAGCAUACCUAGAUUAAAAAUGUACUUCAUGUAGCUAAGAAAAUACAUAUUCUGUUCAAGAAAAUAGUGUACAAUGUAAAGGCAUUAAUUCUAUUUAAAUGGAUAAGGUAACUCCUGUUAGAAUUAAAUUAAAAGAACAAUAUUGGAGACCUUUUCCAAAAAACGAUAAUAUUGAAGAAUGUUAUAAUUUGCCAUCUAAUUGUCUUGGAGGUUGGGUUCCAGGUGAUACUUCCUGCUAUGAUGGUCAUAUUGGAGCUUUGUGUGAAUAAUGUGACAUUUAUGGAAUAAGAGGUCCUCAAUAUUCAGUAAGCAAAAAAUACACUUGUGGUGCUUGUUCUGACACUCUUGAAUAAAAUAUACUUAUCAUUAUUGGUAUUUCAAUCUUCACUCUUGUCACUAUGAUUUUGUCAGUUAAAGGUAAUUAUUCAUUUAUAGAAAAUUUAAUUCAUCAGUAAGUUUUGUAAUCUAUUGGAGCUAGAAUAAAUAUUUAAUAAAGUAAUAUUAAUAUAUUAUAUAGAUAAUGCAUCUAUUAUUAUGAAAUAAUUAACUAAUUAUUUAUAAAUCAUUGCAGCUUUAACUACAUUUAGAAUCUCUAUACCUACUGCAUUUGUUUCAUCUAUGGAAGUUUUGGGAAAUCCAACUCAAUCUAUGGCAUAUUCUUUAGAUUGUUUUUUAGUUACUUUUGCAACAAUAGAUUUAUUAUACUUUAGAAUGGCAUGGGCAUUAUUAAUGCCUUUAUUUUAUAUGAUUUUAUUCUUUAUUGGAUAUUUUACAGGAGUAUUAAUGAAGAUUGCACCAUUUAAAAUAGGAAUCAUCUACACAACAUUUAUUUAUAUGUUCAUCUAUUUGUAACCUACUUUAGUUGGAGGGUUCAUAUCAUUAUUGAGUUCUAGAUCUAUUAGUGGAAUAGAAUGGGUUUAAAGUAAUGUUAGUUAUUAAUAUUAUACUGAUAUGCACCAAUAUUAUAUAUAUAUAUUUAUUGGUCCAAAUCUAUUACUUUGGAGUAUUAUAUUACCAUUAACCUUUAUGCAUCUUAUCAGAAGAAAUAAGAAUUAAUUAGAUAGUAUGGAAAUACGAAAAAGAUGGGGAUUCUUCUAUCAUGAAUAUACAAAUUAAGCAUAUUUAUGGGAAUUCGUUAAAAUCUUCGAAAAAGAACUUGUUAUCAUUUCCUUAACAUAUUAUGAAAACAAAAUAGUUAUUAAGGGAUUAAUAAUAUUUCUUAUCGUAUUUCUAUAUGGAGCUUUUUCAUUUGCAUUUAUUCCUUAUAAAUAAAAAAAAUUAAACUUUAUAGACUAAAUGUCCACAGCAGUUUGUUCUUGUUCAUUGUGUUUAGGUGUUCUAAUUUAUGCUAGUCAAAAUGAAAACUUAGAUUAUCUAUAAUACAUUAUGUUUUUAAUAAUUGCUAUUAUUAAUUCACUUUUAAUAGUUUUAAUUCUCUAUCAUUUAUUUGAAGGCUAUAUAAAUUAAUUUGAUGAUAAAUUAGAUAUUUUGAGAACCAAAUUUAAAUAAAUGUUUCCAAAUAUAGAAUUUUAAUAUCCAUGCCUAAAAAAGUUAUUAAUAAAUAAAAAAGAAAUGAAAGAAAAAGUUAUUAAUUAUUGGGCAAUUCUUAGAUAUGAGACUAGAGAAGGUAUAAAAAGAAAAAGAUUAGAUAAAAAUGCUCCUCUAAUAAUAUAAAAAAGAAAGAAAUCUACUUCAGGUUUCUCAGAUUUAUCAGAAAAGGAUCUAGAAAUUAAAUAAGGAAAUUCUAUAGAUUAACAUAGAGAUGUGAAUAGUCCAGAUAGAGAUGGUAAAGAUGAUGUAAAAUUACUCAAAAGACCAAAUUCGAAUUAUAAAGGAUUGAUAAAUUUAUAAUAAAAUUCUUUAGAUUCAUCAGAGAAUUUAAGUAAAGUGUUUCCUGAAGUUAUUUCUGAAAUCCCUUCGACUCGAAAAGAAGAAAAAGAUAAACAGAAAAUUAUAUUGAAGAGAAAAAUAUGA